AGACCUCAGAAGAAAUCAAAGAAAGCCGAACCACUGCUUGACACACCCCAGGUUGACGGAUUCAAAUAUUCACAUAAGGAGCUCGUUAAUGCUAACAAAGUGACAAAAAAGAAAGAAGAAUUAUUUGCAGAAAUGGAACUAGGAAUCGAGUCUUCAGUAUAUGAACUAUUCACUGAUACAAGUGAUAACUUCCAAUGUCGAAUUACACUGGAACACUAUUCCCAACCAAUAAUAUCUUGGAAUAGGCAUAUUAACUCCAGAUAUGACUUAAUCAGGGAUAUAUUCAUUCCAUGUCCUCCCACUACUAUCACCGAGCCAGUGGUUGUUCUUUACUAUACUGCUGAUACAUUCAUAGCGAGACUUAAUGAUAAAACUUUAACUGGUGAUGUCAUAUCCUCAAAGAUAGCAUUGGACAAUGUUCGAGGAGACGAGACUCCUCAUGUGAUAUUAGUAGUUGAGGCAUAUGAUCACCUACUCAACAAAAUCAAAGCUUAUGAACAGCGCCAAUUCAAGAACCAAGUUCUAGAACGCAUGGGAUCACCCACUAAACAAACAAAAAGGAAAACACCCAAUGAUAUUGAAAGUUACCCACCCUCCAAAGAAAUUGAACAACUAGUUAAUCAAAUCCAAAUUGAGCUAAGCAUUAAUAUAUUCAUGGUGCGUACUCGACUUGAAGCUAUCAACUGGUUGAAUUCGUUCACAUACACCAUUGCAUCGUCGUUGUAUGAUAAAUAUGAGAGAAAUAAAGAUUUGGCAAAUAUUGGCACGGUAAGAUCUGGAAGUGAUGCCAAAUCAACUUUCCUACAGUCAAUACAACAGUUUAAUUUAAUGACCGAAUCGAAAGCAGAUAGGCUAUACGUGCAAUACAAGACAAUGAAUCAAGUGUACACGACAUUAAAAGCGCAAGGAACGCUAGGACAAGAUAAUUUUGGGAGAAAUAUUGUACCACCAUCAGUUGAUAGUGCGCUACAUAAAUUCUUUACGGCUGAUGACCCAGAUGAUAUUAUUACUUAG